CUUUAAGCUUAACUACCAGAAAACCAAUUCAUAACGUCCUCUGUUAGAUUUUUUUUGUUCCACAAAUUUAGCCGUCUGUUCAGUGCUUGGACCAUUUUCUCCAAAGAAAAUUCUUCUUCCUCGAUCUAUUGAGUACUGUCUGAAUAUAUAUAGAAAAAAACCCAUGCACAGUUUUCAUAGUCACACCUUUUUCCCUUUACUUGGCCAUGAAACAAUCAUUUCCAGUUUGAUCUUGUUGUGAGUGAGCACUGUCAAAUGCUAAUCGAUGCUCAUGAGCCUCUUUAUUAGUGCAGAUAGUCACAAGUUUGCCCACCAGCUGUUUGUGUUUAUGCCUAAACCAAUGUUGAGUUUUGGUAGUAUUUUCUUGGCUUCUGUGUACAGAUUGAUCCUCAAGAUUGUUGGGUUCAUAUCUAAGUAUGCAAGAAGAUCAAAUCAUGGUGUGGUUGAAGAGAAUAGUUCAAAUUUCAGCGAAAAUCGUUCUCAAAAGGAUGAUAAAGUAUUUUCCUAUAGUUCCACAGGUUUUUUAUCAAGUGGGGUUGCUGAAAAAGAGAGUUAUUUAGAUUAUGAAAAUAGCAAAAAGGAUUUAGGUGGAAAUUUUGCAGAGACAGGGGACUCUGUUUUCUUGCAAAGUGGCUUGAUUUCUAGCUGCAGUAAGUAUGAAUUUGUCUCCGGUGAAAAUGUCAGUUUUCAACUCGAAGAGGCAAAAGAAAAGAAAUGUUUGGUUCAAGAGAUGUUUUUGGGAUCAGAUGAAGCUCAUUUGACAAAGAUGAACUCAUUUGAGCAGAAUUUGGAUAAAGAUGAACCGGAAUUCGAUGAAAAUUCAAGCGCCCUUUCCUUUCGUUUUAAUCUGCUGAAUAUUGAUAUGGGAAGUGCAGAUAAUAGAAAUCUUCAGGAUGAAAAGAACUGUGAGGAGAAAGAAAAAAUGAGCUCAAAUGACUCCAAAGAAUUUCAAAUUAAAGGAGCAAGGCAUAUGAAAGAAGAAAUUUUGGAUGAUCAAGAUUUUUUUUAUGUGGUUGAGUUACUCCCUUUCAGUGAGUUCUCUGCCGUUGAUGAAAAUCAAGAAUCCGAAAUUAUAGGGAAUGAUGAAAUCAAGCCCACCAAUGAAAAUGAGCACGAUGUUAACGAUAAACGAUUAGCUAUCGAGAAUUUUUUGCCGAGCAUGGAAAAAGUUGAGGAUUCGGAAGAUGAGUACAUUGAAUUCAAACCUUCUUCUGCAAAUACUCGCUUUUGUAAUAAUAAUGAUGCUAAUAUCUCCCGAGAAAGCAUGAAUUUUGAUUUUUCCGAUGAUGACGAGGAUGAAAACGACGUUUUGUGGGAGCAUCAGAACUUAGUCCGGCAGAUUAAAAUUGAGAUGAAAAAUUGCAAGGUUAGAGGAAAGCUUCCCACAAUAUCUGAAGAGUGUGAAGAAUCUCCUAAAAUGGCCGAGGAUUUGAGACCUCUUGAAAUCAACCAUAAAAUCGAGUACAAAGAUGUAAUGGACGAGAUUCACAAGUUCUACAAAAGCUACUCGGAGAAAAUGCACAAAUUGGACGUCUUGAAUUAUCAAACCUUGCAUGCAAUGAGUUUCCUCCGGUUGAAGGACUCCGAAGUUUUUACCACUAGCAAGAAAAAAGGAGACUUGAUAACUUUUACAAAUUUACCAAAACUUUGGCCUUGCAAAGUCCCGAGGAUCCAUACCGACCCAUCACAAAAGUCGAUUCUCGAAAUGAAUCGUGAUUUGGAAUUGGUUUAUGUGGGGCAACUUUGUCUUUCUUCGGAAAUUUUACGUUGGUUGUACGUAAAAUCACGAGAGUUACUGAAACACGACUGUAAAAAAAACCACUCGUACAACCGAGCUGCCGAGGAAUUCCAGCAGUUUCAAGUGCUGUUGCAGAGGUUCAUGGAGAAUGAAGAGUUUCAAGGGCAAAGAAUUCAGAAUUAUGUUAGAACUCGGUUCACUAUACGCGGACUUCUUCAGGUCCCGAUGAUCAAAGACGAUUGUUUGAAGGCUAAUAAAGAAACACGAGAUGAAAUGGACGUGAUUUCGCUCGAGAAGCUAUCGGAAAUAAUAAGAGAAUCAAUGCUUAUUUUCCGCGAAUUUGUUCUUGCCGAUAAAAGUUCGACAAAUGUGGUUCUAAAAGGUAUCCAAGGAACUAAACUUGAUCCUACACACUCUCCAAAUGCAGAGCUUUUAGUGGAGACCAUCUCAAAUCUUCAGAAGAAGGAAAGAAGAAUCAGAGACCACAUUCGAAGCCAAAAGUGUAUAGUCAAGAAAUAUAAGAAACCCGAAAAAUGUCAUUCGGACAUGGAUUUAUCGACUUCUCAAGUCGAGUUGAGGUUGGUCUCGAGGGUUCUUUUUCUUUCAAGAUUAACCACAGAUCAAGUGUUAUGGUGCCAGAAUAAACUUAACUGCAUCAGUUUUACAGGCAGGAAAGUUUAUGUUGAGCCUUGUUUUUUGCUUUUCCCUUGUUGAAUAUGUAAUAUUUUCUUCUUCUCCUCAGGUUUUUUAAUUAAGGAGUAGAGAAAAACAAAUAGCAAUUAGAUAAGUUUUU